AUGGCGUCUCCAUAUGUACCGAAUGCGUCGAUCCAAUGGAUCGCAUCAGCCAAAGAUGAUGAGCAAAAGAUCGGCUUCCUGGAUUUACCGCGCGAACUUCGAGACCUGAUCUACGGGUUUGCGUUUCGUGCAGAAGGCGCCAUACUCAUCUACUCACGCGACCCUUACGCCGUGCGGCCCUUGGCCAAAGCAAUGAACAUCCGACACAAAGGAUCGGGACCAAUUGAGCCAGAACCUAUGCGCAACGGACAGAUACCCGUGGCACUCGUGAGGACAUGUCGACAGCUUUACGCAGAGUGCAGCCCGGUGCUUUACGGCAGCAACACGUUUGCUUUCUGGACGUCGAGCGAACUCGACCUUGGUGCUCCUAGCGGGCUGGUGCGUCAUGUUAUUGGCGCGGCGGAUCCUCGCGACUUGUUCAAGAAGCAUCUUGAAGAAGUGAGUUAUUGGUGGAAGAGACGGUUUUGGCCAGACGUCCUGCGCAGUAGUCGGGCGAUGCUGGAGCGCUUCCCGAACCUGGAAACUUUGACUAUACCGCUAAAGGUACCACCGAAUGGGCAGAUCCAGCGGCCGGUGUUUCUCCAUGUGGUGAACAAGACGAGAGAGCAGCGUGUUGCUCUUGCGGCGAGUUGGAUGAAGCCGAGAUGUUCGUGGGAGGACGAGAGGCUGCGCAGGUGUUUGCAUCUGGAAGUCCUUCCACCUCCUGGCUCUUUUAGAGAUCAAUACGCAGGUUCGCGCUUUGUUCCGGAAGACGACGACGAUUGGGAUGUUACAGAGUUUGCAGAUGCUUUCCAGUUGAUGAAGAACCUGACAUGA